GGAGCUUACUUGCCCUGAUAUAUAUCCAAACUCUGAAGUUUCCUACGAAAAAAUUACAUCGCUAUUAUGAUAAUUUUAAAAAGUUUGCGGCCAUUCUGGAAGCAGAGAUGGAACGGCAUGAAAACCACAGUGCUGAAAUAGAGUCAGAAUAUGUCAAUGAUGCUGCAUUCACAGCACUUACCGAUGAAAUCUCCUCUGUCAUUAACAACCUGCUGGAUCCUUCUACUGGCUACCUUUGUUAUAAAGCUCUGCAGAGGUAUAAAUCUAUUGGGGAGAGGUUCUACCAAGAAGCUUGUGAAUUAGAAAGUAAAAUAAGUAGUUUUGAGAAAAACAUUCGAAGGCCUUAUUUUCAUGUUAUACCACUUGAUGAUAAUCAACUAGAAAACUGGCAUCACUAUCUAGAUUUUGUUGAGAUGCAAGAAGAUUUUGAUUGGGUAUGAAAAUCUGCUGUUCUGGUCCUUAUCUAGACUAUGUCCUAUUUCUAUUCCGUAUCUGAAACUCUUUCCACUUGUCGGCCGUAAAGCUUUAUGAAAGAUGCUUAAUCCCCUGCGCUGAUUACCCUGAAUUCUGGAUGCGUUAUGUUGAAUUUAUGGAAGCUAAGGGAGGGAGAGAGCUAGCAAACUUUGCCCUUGACCGAGCAACAGAAGUAUUUCUUAAGGUAUGUGUCCCUUUGCGGGCCACCCACCCCACAUUUAAGAAGGAUAAGAUGAC